AUUCCGCCGCCGUUCGGCUGCGCGGCGUCGGCUCCCGCGGCUCUCGGUGGCGCCGCAGUCGGACUCCCCGGCGCUCGACGGCCGGCAGCGGCGGCGAUGGCCCCCUGAGCAGGCCGGGAGCAGGUGGCGGCGGGCGGGCGGGCGGCGGGGCCCAGGCCCGGGGUCGGGGCGGAGGCCCGGGUCGCGCCUCUUUGUCUCAGCGGGCGGCGGCGCGGCCCCGGGCUCCCGGCGGAAGUGGGACGCGCUCGGCGCUGGGGCCGCGGCGGCCGCACCAUGAGCGAUAUCCGCCACUCGCUGCUGCGCCGCGACGCGCUGAGCGCCGCCAAGGAGGUGCUGUACCACCUGGACAUCUAUUUCAGCAACCAGCUGCAGAGCGCGCCGCUGCCCAUCGUGGACAAGGGCCCCGUGGAGCUGCUGGAGGAGUUCGUGUUCCAGGUGCCCAAGGAGCGCGGCGCGCAGCCCAAGAGACUGAAUUCACUUCAGGAGCUUCAACUUCUUGAAAUCAUGUGCAAUUAUUUCCAGGAGCAAACCAAGGACUCUGUCCGGCAGAUUGUUUUCUCAUCCCUUUUCAGUCCUCAAGGCAACAAGGCUGAUGACAGCCGGAUGAGCUUGUUGGGAAAACUGGUCUCUAUGGCUGUGGCUGUGUGUCGAAUCCCGGUGUUGGAGUGUGCAGCCUCCUGGCUCCAGCGGACGCCUGUGGUCUACUGUGUGAGGCUAGCCAGGGCCCUCGUGGAUGACUACUGCUGUUUGGUGCCGGGAUCUGUUCAGACGCUGAAGCAGAUAUUCAGUGCCAGCCCUCGGUUCUGCUGCCAGUUCAUAACUUCCGUCACUGCACUCUAUGACCUGUCGUCAGAUGAUCUCAUCCCACCUUUGGACUUGCUCGAAAUGAUCGUCAGCUGGAUUUUUGAGGACCCAAGGUUGAUUCUCAUCACUUUUUUAAAUACUCCGAUUGCAGCCAAUCUACCAAUAGGAUUUUUAGAACUCACCCCGCUCAUUGGAUUGAUCCGCUGGUGCGUGAAGUCCCCUCUGGCUUAUAAAAGGAAAAAGAAGCCCUCCUUAUCCAAUGGCCACGUUAAUAACAAGCCUGCCAAGGACUUGGGUGUGGGGAUGGACCGAGACUCCCACCUCCUGUACUCGAAACUCCACCUCAGUGUCCUGCAGGUUCUCCUGACGCUCCAACUGCACUUAACCGAGAAGAAUCUUUAUGGGCGCCUGGGGCUCAUCCUGUUUGACCACAUGGUCCCGCUGGUAGAGGAGAUCAACAGGUUGGCAGAUGAACUGAACCCCCUCAACGCCUCCCAGGAGAUUGAACUCUCACUGGACCGGCUGGCACAGGCUUUGCAAGUGGCCAUGGCCUCGGGAGCCCUGCUGUGCACGAGAGAUGACCUGAGGACCCUGUGCUCCAGGCUGCCCCAUAAUAACCUGCUCCAGCUGGUGAUCUCGGGCCCAGUGCAGCAGUCGCCGCACGCAGCGCUCCCCCCUGGGUUCUACCCUCACAUCCACACGCCCCCGCUGGGCUAUGGGGCUGUGCCGGCCCACCCCGCCGCCCACCCCGCCCUGCCCACGCACCCCGGGCACACCUUCAUCUCAGGCGUGACGUUCCCAUUCAGGCCCAUCCGCUAGGCCGGCCCCUCGUGUGCCGCCGCGCGGCAGUGUGCCUUCUGCGCCUGGGUUGGAGAAAGCCUUCUGAGAGAGGGGUGACAGGCCCCACCGAAGAGGACCUUAGGGAAGCAGCCGCGCCUCACCAGUAGAACCGACUUGGUGCAACAGUUCUGAGUCGUCGCAGUCCAGGUGCCUCCUACCUGGUCACAUUCUUAAAAAUCCAGAUUGGAUGGAUGAAAGGAAGAACGCACAGCCCUCUGCAGAGAGAGUGCUGUGGGUGUUUUUAAAUAUGCCAAUCCUGUGAGCCUUUGUUCUCGCGUGUCAUUUCAGACACACUCUAAGCCUGUGCGUGAGGAGUGCUGAGGAACAGCCGCACUGCAAGUCCAUGGGGCUGGCCUCCUCGAGAAGGCGACGUGUCCCGCCAGAAAUGCAGGCUCUUUCUGCAGCUGUAGGAGCUCAGAGAUGAAGCGUCUUGACCGUGAGCGUGUACGCAGCCCACGGCACGGCUUGGGAAAGCCUGUCAGGAUUUCCCAUCACCUCGGAAAGGAACUUCUGUUUUAUUGGGGGUCUCUAAAUUUUCCUACG